AUGUCAUGUUCAGAUGCAGUUUCUUCUAUUCUCGAGCAGACUAAUACCAGCAAGUACUUCAUCGAAUAUGAUGGCUACCUAAUAAACCAUGUGGCUCACGGGAUAGUUGCUCUGCAUCGUCUAGGAGCUCAACCAGAACGGAUCAAGCGUUUUGUCGAUUGGUACACUCCAAAGUUAGAGUCACCAGAAACAGACGUUGACGAUGACAGACCUUUUGAACAACUCAAGGGACAAAGAGUUGCCUUUUAUAAGAUUAUCAAAGAGUAUGAAAAACGGUUCAAAGUACUUGGUAGCGAUGUUAAUAAGCUGGUAAAGCAAGAAUACCCAGAACUGAGCGCAGGUCUGGCAGGAUCAGUUCUUCACGGGACCAUACAUCUCGGUUACCAUUUCGUGACUGGCAAUGUUCGUGGUGUAUUAGAAGGGCUGGCUUACACCCACCAUUCAUUCUUACCGAUCGUAUCGAAAAAAUCGUCUGAAGAGCUUGCAAAAUUUGGAAAUGGGGUUACGAACAUUUUGGAAGUCUUCGAUGAAGUUAGAAGAAACAAAGACCUGUGCGAAUCGAUUAUAGAAGGUUCAGAAAUGGAGAAAUAUACAGCAUGGAAAGUUGGAGGGCUUCUGAGAAAGGUUGGCUUUCUUUUGGACGAAAAAGGAGAUACGUUGUUGGAGUACGUGCUAUCUAUUGCAGUACCGAACGAGGUUAAAACUUCCCUAGGAACUCUCGAUCCUUCAAGACUGGCUAGAAAGGUUGUUUACUGGGCCGUUCUUGUCUACACAAUGUCAGAAAACAGAAAUGACUUUUUCUUACUUCACGGAGUAACUUGUGCGUGGAGCCUUUACCACAUUGUACCUGUGUUGGAUGAAAACGACGCUCUAAACGCGGUACGCAACUUCGCUGCAACUCUAAUUGCUGUCUAUAUUGCCCAGGAUGCACCUGCUUUGAAUGUCCCUGUACAUGACUUUGAACCAUCUGAUCAGGACUGGGAAACACUAAUCAAGCGUGUACUAGAUGAUGAUCGAGAUGAGCAUAUUUACAAGCUGCUGCAAGUUUGUCGCGAAAUGAUGCCAGAUUCUGCAAGUUAUGGUGAAGAUGCAAAUGUCUACUUUCAAGCAUCAAAAAUUGUGGUCGAUACGCAAGAGUUUCGGUUUUAAAACGACAGAAUGGUUAUUAGUAAAUGUCUGUAAAUGGAACAA